CGUGACAGCACGCAUCGGGGAACGGUUUGCGUUACGGGGUUACGCGGUGACGGUAGCUAGUGGUAGUGUCUUGUUGCUGCAGCGCACUAGCAAGAUUAGAGCGUUAGUUGAUGAAGUGGAGUGGCGAGGAGGAACAGACCCCUUUGAUUGCAUCUUGCCGCUUCCCCAACGCUCCCCAACGCUUGAAGAAACGCGCGUUUGUGAAUGAAAAGUGCGUACUGUGUGUGUGGUUGUUUUCUUCGUACCAAAUAAACAUCGGGAGUGUGUCUGUGUGUGUGUGACUGUGUGCUAGUUUUUCGGAUGUUAUGGUGGUGGGCUUUCCCCACCCUUUUUGCUGCGGGGAGGCUUUUGUUUACUCGAACGCGGUGCACUGGUGCAAAGGGAACGACGGCGAUGGUGCAUUCUUGAAAUUCCAAUCUCCCAAAGUGAGGGCCUGCAGUGAAGCAACUCGCCGGCCCGCGGCCAAUUGAGUCGUUGCGUGGCCGAGUGGUUGCAUAGCGAAGUGUAGAAAGCAAGUGUGCAUUAGAACUGUGCGUGCGGGAUGUGAGGGAAAGCUUUUUUGCCGGAGAAGGUGACACAUUUCACAACACAGCAAUACCAGUACCUGAAACGAUGGAACGACACGGUGGACCCUUCCAGUCAAUGGACAAUGGUGGCGGUUGCCCACCCGGUAGCGAACAGCACGCAGCAUCGCAAACCUCACCGAACCCAGAGCAGGAAGUCUUGGUCGGACCACGAAGAGGACGUUGCAAAUGGUUUAACGUGGUGAAAGGCUGGGGCUUCAUCACACCGGACGACGGUGGCCAGGAGGUGUUUGUGCAUCAGAGCGUCAUACAGAUGGGUGGCUUUCGAUCGUUGGGUGAAAACGAAGAGGUCGAGUUCGAGUCGAAACUGUCGGCCAAAGGGUACGAAGCGACGAGCGUCUACGGCCCUUCGCACGCGGAGUGCAAAGGGAGCGACUUUCGGCCGUACAGUAAAAAGCGAAGAUUUCGGAAAGUGAGGUGCUACAAUUGUGGCGAGUUUGCGAACCACAUCGCGUCCAAGUGUGAGCUGGGACCACUGCCAAAGCGUUGCCAUAACUGCAGAAGCGAGGAUCAUUUAAUAGCGGACUGUCCGACCAAACCCCCACCAGCACCACCACAGUCAUCAUCACCAAAAUGAGUCUUUCCCCACUGGAAACGAUACAUUUCGUUGCAUUUAGUGCAAAGGGGUCGUUAACUUUAAACAGCUACCUCCUUUUUUUUCUCGUACAAUAGAAGUAAAAAGUGUAGAACGUAAGCGAAGCCUAU